GGGAACCUUUGUUACCUGCAGGAAGAGAUGUGCCAAAGCCCUGGGCCUCUCCCUCUGGUGCAAGUUCCAGGUAAGUUAUCCAAUGCCCCACCAAGAGAAAACAAAGCAGGGCAGCUGUCCAGACCCUGGUUCUUCCUGAAACCACAGCGAGACCAGUCCCAGGCCUGUUCCAGAGCUGCCAGAGGAGGAAGCUGUGUCUAGAGUCCAAUGUACCCCACCCAGACAGUUCCCCACAGGAAGGCCCCACCCCACCCACGCAAGCCUGCAGAUAAAGGCAGCCUGCAAGGUAGAGCAUCCCUAGCUGUCCUCGAGCUGUCUCCCCACGAUGUCCAGCCGCUGCACGCUGCCUGCCUGGAUCCUCCUUGCCCUCCUCGGAGUGGCUCAGGGAGCUCGGGGCCAGAGCAGCUGCGGCUCCAUCGUACCUCGGAGGGACUGGAAGGCCUUGGCUUCCGACUGCACCGAGCGCAUGACCCUGCCGGCACGCUACGUGGUGAUAUCGCACACGGCGGGCAGCACCUGCGACUGCCCGACCUCCUGUGAGCAGCAGGCCCGGAACGUGCAGUACUAUCACAUGCGCACGGAGGGCUGGUGCGACGUGGGCUACAACUUCCUGAUUGGAGAAGACGGACUUGUCUAUGAGGGCCGGGGCUGGAACACCAAGGGGGCCCACUCAGGUCCCAACUGGAACUCCAAAUCCAUUGGCAUCAGCUUCAUGGGCAACUACAUGGAGCGGGUGCCCCCAAAACGGGCCGUCCGGGCAGCUCAGAAUCUGUUGGCCUGUGGUGUGGAUCGGGGAGCUCUGAGAUCCAACUAUGAGCUCAAAGGACACCGGGAUGUGCAGGCCACGCUCUCUCCAGGUGAUCAGCUCUACCAAAUCAUCCAGAGUUGGCCACACUAUCGUUGAGUGAGGCCCUGCUUGUUGCCCACCCUCCAAGCCUCCCUUGGCCAGCCCUGCUGCCACCUCCUUCCCACUUCCUCCAAUAAAGAUGCAGCUCUAACUGUGUCCCGAGCAGGUCACACCACACAGCCCCCUCCUCCCUCCCACAGGACCCCAGCCAGUCCCCUCCUCCCAGCGCUCUGUCCUCACUGGUGCUCAGAACCCAGAGGCCCCGACCCUGAACCAAGACCCCGGAGAUCCCAGCUCAGAAACAAUAUCACAGCUCAGAACCCAGAGGUCUCAGGUCAGAGCCCAGGAAUCAGCACCAAGCAGGUUCAGAUGUCACCAACAGAAGCUCAGGGGGUCUUCUCAGCCAAUGGCCCAUGUAGCAGGAGAUUCCUUCCCCAGCACACAGACAUCCUGUGCAGAAUUUCUGCUUGGACUCCUUUGGCUGCUCACUGCCACCCCUCAGGUCCCUCCUUGCAAUAAGUUAAGAGUCUGGAAGUUUUUCCUGAGCCUGAAUCCCCAUCUGCCUCCCAUCACAGACAUGGCCAGAAA